UCGCGCGCUUUUCAUCCCCGGCGUGUCUUCAACGGCGCUGCGCGCACCAGUGUCGCAGGCAGCGCGGGGAUAGCGCAGGCGCGCUGCGGGUCCCGGAAUUGUGAAGGGUUUGGCGGGUGCCUGUGUGCUAGCUGCCCCGGCGCGGUUGUAGGAGGUGAGACAGUUUUGAAGAGCGCAACCAAAGAUCCCAGCAGCAGUAACGCCAUGUCCACAAACAGCACUGAGGGCUCACAUUCCCCAUCACCAGCUGCCCUGAAUGCACCACGAUACGGCACCAUGGUACCCAAGCGCAUAUUUGUUGGGGGCAUCUCUGCAAAUACCACAGAAUCUGAACUCCAUGAGCUCUUCUCGCGCUAUGGAGUGGUGACUAAUGCAAAGAUUAUACUCGACAGAGCUGGUGUGUCCAAAGGGUAUGGAUUCGUGACAUUCGACACAGAAGAGGAUGCCCAGAGGGCGCAGGCAUCGGGAAAUAACAUUAUGCUUAGGGACCGCAGACUGAACAUUGCCCCAGCAAUAAAAAAGCAGCCAUUUUCCAGGGCAUAUGACCCAGCCCAGUCCGUCCAACCAGGGACGAUUCUGUACCAAAACGGUGUUCCUUACAUGUACCAUAAUGGCACUGCAUUCUUUCAUCCCGAUGCGCUCACAUACCAGUAUUCACCCACGGCAGCUACUCAGACUUCCACUGCAGCUGUUGCUGCAGCCAACACAGCUGCAUCUGGAUACCCUGUUGUGUAUCAGCCAUCUGUCUACUACCCACAGCAGACCUUCCAGUACCCAAAUGUGUGGAAUGCAGCUAAUGGACAAUGGAGAUGGGCCCCACCUGCUACAAGCCAUCCCGCCACUGCACACCCCACAUACCUCUAUCCAACCACCUUGGUGAGCCUUGGUGGUGGUGGCAGUCCGGCAUCAGCUGAAGGUCAGGAGUACCAAGACCCAGCCAUCGUGGAGACUGGCUCUGAGGUAGGUGCCGCCGUGACGCCAAGCACACAGGUUCGCAAGCAAGACGACAGCGGUGGCACCCCGACCCCCUCCUCUCUCCUGGCCUCUGCCUCUACAGCAGCGUCGUUGGGCAGCUUCUGGACUAAGGGCCCUUCCAGCCCCUCCGUCCAGCUUGCACCCAGCACUGGCAAUGAGGGCACUUCCCCCGCCCAAAGUUCGCUUCUGGGAGCCAACUCCCCGAUACAGACCCCGCGUCGCCCACGCGAGCUGGCGCCUAGGCAACGGCGCUACACCGCGCCACCUGAAGCCCUCCUCUCCCUUGAGGAGUAUACCAAAGGUAGUGAACGGGAUCUCCCUGAUGGCCAACCCCAGCCCAGUGAGCCUAGCAAGCGUCCAGGCUCUGGGGCAACCUGGCGGGACUGCCUCUUCAGCACUCCUCCCACUCCCUGCAGCACCCGCUCUCAGUGCCCCUGAAGACCAGCCUUCACCACCGCGCUCCUCUUCUUCUGCCUACUGAUGAUGGGACGUCAAGCUCAUCCUCCGCCUCUUUUCCACCACCACUUCUUGCCUCGCAGAUCUGUUAGAUGCCUCAUGUGAAACCUGAAGUGCGCCAAUUGCCCACUUUCUUUUCUUUCCACUUGACAGUGCUCUUAGGUUUCUUCUGCCUUUCCACCUGGCAUUUCUGCAUAUGUGUGAACAUCUCCAGACUGUGUCCGCGAGUUGUUUUGCUUGCACAGGCCAGUCAGACUUGUUCCGACCCUUUAGGCAUCUCAUCUUACCUUGGGCCAGUGCUGCUUACGUGUGCCUUAGUGUGGGCUUUUCACACGAGCAGAAUGUGUGAAAAUGUUGCGCAGGUUAUUGGGUGACUCUCUGCCUAAAAUGUUUAGUGCUCGACAAGGUGCCCCCCCCUUUUUUUUUCAUUCUGCCAAAGUUAAACAUCAGUCUCUUGCUUAGCAAACUUUUGUACCUGCAAAAAAAUUGGGGUGCUCCUGCCAAGUCUCACAUUUUUAAGUUAUACAGAUUUCUUAUUUGCCUGUUGCACAUAUCACAAUUCUGCCUCUUUGGUUGGAUUACAUCAAGAGGUAAACAUUACUUGGUAUGAAAAAUAGCAACACACAACUAGCUAAUGAACAAAUUCAGCUUACUACACACCACACAUUUCACUUGUGUUGAGGAUGGUUGGUGCUCAAGGGCUCACCAGUUGAUGAGCAUUCUGAAUCUAGCAUCAACUUCAACAUACAUCCUGAAAAUAUACCUGAAUAUGCAUUUGUAUUCCAUAUAUGUUUAAGUUCUGCAGUGUACAAGGAAAAUUGUCUGGGAAUUCUUCUUUCAAUUCGGUGCACGUUUUUGGGUGUCAAAAUGUAUAAAAUACAUGUUUGAAUAUUGAUUGUAGUCUCAAAAUUCUUACCAUUUGAUCAUUUUUGGAAGGAUGACUGGUUUCAAUCCUGAACUGCCAUGUGUACACUACAGUAUUCAUUACAAGAUUUAUAUGCGCAGUUAUGUUAAUUUGUUAAAUUGCACAUGAGGAUCUUCUGGGCAAAUAAUGCUUGUAUUGUCAAGUGAUCUGACUGACGAGGCACAAUUGUGUUGCCUUCCACUUGUGAAAUUUAAAAAAUCUGCACACCCCUUAGAAAUGGGGAGGGCAGGUCAUAUGUGCCCCUGUUAGCACAUAUGGUUGAUUGACAUGCUGUUCAACUGCUCUGUCGCAAAGAUUGUGCAGUGAUGUUCUGCAUUACACUGCAGUCAGUUUUAGGUGUAAUUAUUAUAAUGUUAAAAGUCCCGUUGAAUGCUAUUUGUGGAAACUAGUAGCAUUAUACAAAGUUUAAAAGUUUUAAGAACCUUUCUUACAGAACUAACAUUGAUCAAAGGGUAAAUCUGCAUCUCCGUGGAAGCUUACUUUUAAGACAAAAAAAAAAGAAUGCUUUCUAGCAGACUUUUACCGUUCUUGCACCUGCUUCUCAAGUGUCGGUGGUCGCCCUGGCUCUAGGUAUUUGUGUGUGGAAUGCGUGUUCUUUUAUGCAGUCGUAUUUCAGCAGCAUCACUCAAGUAUUUAUUUCAACUACAGCUUCACUGUUCACAAUUGCAACACUGUGUUGAAUAAGCUGCUGAAGUGACGCACACUGUUAGAAAUAUUGCACACCCUCUAUAAACAUGCCAUGUCUUUUUUGUACAUGUUUUCUCGCACUUCAGUGCACGUGCCGCACUCACUUGCAGCUGGUGAAAAGCUUGUUGUUUGCACGCAUACAUUGCAGCUCGCCAGCAGGACCUGUGAUUUGAGGUGUGUGUCUGCAUUCAGUAGGUUUGCAAAAUUUUCAUGUGCAUUGGUGCCAGCGGCAUGGUUCGUGUCCACAACAUGGUGGCAAAGACAUCUUACUAAGCAUCUGGCCAUUCUGAGCUUUGAGUGAAAUCCACAGCUUGUUCUUUCCAGUCAAAAUUGCACAAAUUAUGGACUUUUAAACUUUCCUUCUGCAAGUAACCUACUUUACAAAACCAUAGAACACGAAGCAUCACUCAAGACAGCGCUAUUCCUAGCUGUUGUAGAAAAUUUUCAGUUUUAGACAUAUACUGCACAAAGUUCCGCUGCUUUCUUUCUUUCUUUCUUCACAUGGAUUGCAGCUUCGGCACUUGUCAGAAUUUGUCCAGGCAAUAUACUUAAGAGGAUACAACGUCCAAGCUAAAAGCGUGAAGGUCCCCGUCUUCUUCUUUUUCCUUUGUUUUUUUCCCCGAAGCUUUAAAAUUUGUACCGAAGGGAUUUCAAAGUCAGUGGCAUACGAGGAACUUAUUUACCCAUAUUUCAUGUGUGUAUCCAAACUGUUGUUUUUUACUCUGUCCGUGAUCGGUGUUCCUUCUUUAGAGGCUCACACAGUACAUCUGUGCCUGUGAUUAUGGCGUGCAGCAUCACUCACUGACUCAGUUGCUGUUUGCGCCUACUCUUGCUGUUACUGUGGUGCCAGAAAGUUAGCAUAAACUGUACAGUUGCAAGUAUCGUUCACGGCAGAUUGUGAUACUGUUUGCCUCCUGUGCAGGUAUUUUUGUGUAGCUUUUUUUUUAUGCAGUACAAAAGAAUAUUUUAAAAAACGACUGUGAUUGACAGCUAGUCCAUUUGCGUGUCAUAUAGCUAUUAAAAAGUUAUUGUGGUGGGCUACCAAUGACUGCGUCAGUUGGCCUUGGAAGUGAGCAAGCAGAUGCAAGGGGCAGAACCCACAGAGUACGUCAAGAACAAUGCAAUUUAUCCACAGUGCAAUUAUUUCUAGAAGGAUCACCUUCGCUCUGUCACUGUACGCACACAUGGAGUACUGUACGCAAAGUUGGUUUGUGUUGUUUGCGAGGAUAGGCUUGUGUGAUGUGCAGAGAAGCAGGCAGCCACACAGUUAAGUGCCUCUCUCAUGUUAAGAAAAGCCAAAGAAAGGUGAUGCGCGAAUGUGUGCAAUGUUUGUAUGACACUUUUUUUUCCUUGCCGUCCCUUGUGUUGUCUUUCGUUUCAACCAUGUACGUGUGCCAAGUGUCCAUAGAAUAUUAUUUCAUCACGUUGUGCUGGUCAUGAAAAGUAUGCAAAAGAAAAGACUGGUCAUGAUCUCAGGUUUUUGCCGGAAGUGGAAGUGCUGUUUCUCGGCUAACUUUCUUGCACAUGUACUCAAAGUGCAAAUGUUUAGAGUUUUUUUUUUUUAUUUUUCCCUCCUGAAUUUCAUGCAGUUCUUCCGUGAGGCAGAGCAAGUGACUUCUCAUGUAUGAAAGAUGUUCUGGCAUUGUAAUGUGGCGCUGAUUACAUUUUCCUCAUGCCAAAUAUUUUUAUUCGUACAGAAAAAAGAACAAUAGAGCAUUUUUUUAUCUAGCAUUUUUAUACAAGUGCUUUUUCAAAACGUAAACUUUGUUUUUUUAGCAUCAAGUGGCUGGUGUGAAGAAAAAAUUAUCUUGGCCUCUCUCUGCCUCUAAUAUAAAGUGGCGCCGUUUUGGCGCACUCAGAAUUACUGUUUACUAUGUGGAGCGUGUAUUUGCUGGUAUAGUAACAAUAAAAAAAAUGAGUGGGCGUA